AUGACGUCCGCUGACGUGGUAUUAACGAAAAACAAAACAAACGAACGCAUGAUGGAACCCCAAUACAAUACUAACUUGGACGAUGAAGAAACACCAAUCGAUACUAUACCUGUCACCAAUCAUACCAAAACUACUAAGGAUUUGGAGAGUGCCCAUCUGCCAUCUGGAUCAAUUUCGCUGGUAGAACUGUCUGAAUCGACCAAAAGGCUUAUCAACUCUCUUUCACUGCAGGCGCUAAGUGGAUCGCUACCGGUAGCUGAUUUAAACACGCAAGUAGCCGAGAAAAACGUCGAAGGCUCCCCAACUACAAUGACAACUCAUUCCGCUAUUCCAUCACCGGACUCAGAAACCUUUUCGCAGCGUUUGCCCAAGCUAGACAAGAAGCCAGUGAAGUUCACCGUUCGCAAAGUAUCUAGGGACACUAUCAACACAAGUGCUGGUAUUAAUAAUGGUCAAAGGCAAUACUCAUAUGGUAACACCAUUGACCGUCUGGAGCCAAAAGAGAGAAAGCCACUCUCGAAGAAUGAGCAGCUUCAGCGAAGCCAAGCGAAGUAUGAUGGAUAUGCUGUUCGAGUUGAAAAGAUCAACAAAGAAAUCGAGUUUUUGAGCAACCUUCUCCCACCUUACAAUGUGGAAAUUGACUACUCUACACGGAACAAAAUUGCCAAGGCCAUAGAGAAGUUGAAAACGAAGCAAGAUGAGAUACAGAAAAAAAAGUAUAGCCUUGGUAUCACAUUAAGUCGAUUAUGGAGAGAGCAUGACGAGCGGGAACUAUGGGUUAGAGCUAAGAGCAACCAGUGA